UCAUCUGGGUUGUGUAAUGGCACCAAAAAGCACACUCCCACAAAACUGUGUAUUUAAAGAGAAAUCAGAGGUGCUCCAUCAAGGUGAAAGAUCUUCAAAGGAGUUCUUGCUAACUGAGGACUGAUCUGUUCUCAAGAGGGAAAAUGGUGAAUUAUUGUGUUACUGUAUUCACCUCUGACCGCGUUGGUGCCACCACUUUUAACAAUGUUUUCAUCAAGCUGGUGGGCACGAAUGGGGAGAGUGAACGCAAGUGGCUCGUAAGCUUAAGAGGAGCAUCAGCAUUUGUCAAAGGCGCUACAGCAAGUUUCACUGUGUCCUGUCCCACUUCCAUUGGAAAACUGGUGCUGGUAGAGGUGGAUAAAAAGUCUCUUCCACUGUUUCCUGAAGACUCUUGGUUCCCUGCAAAAGUGGAAGUGAAAUCUCCUGAGGGAGAUGUGUAUAACUUUCCCAUAUACCGUUGGAUCAAUGACAGUGAGGUGCACCGCUUCAGACAGGGAACAGCUCUAACAAUCAUUCAAGAUGACCAUCACCUUGGCAGAUACAGUCGAGAGGUGGAACUUCAGCAGCGUAAAGAAGACUAUCGCUGGGAUGUGUAUGUGGAGGGACUACCCCACUACAUGAAGGCUGAUAACCCUUAUUCACUGCCGUCUGAGGUCCGUUUCUCCUUCACCAAGACCACAGAGUUUCUCUUCACUGCAUCCACGGGGCUGACAGAGCUGCAGCUGAAGGGAUUGGCUAAUUCUAAGAAAAGUUGGACAGAUAUUGCCGACAUUGAUCGGGUGUUUUGCUGCAAAACAACUGCCAUAUCAGAAUAUGUCCAAAGACACUGGAAAGAGAAUGCUUUCUUUGGCUACCAGUAUCUAAAUGGUGUCAACCCCAUACUGAUCAGUCGUUGUACAGAUCUGCCCAAAAACUUUCCAGUCACUGACAAGAUGGUCUUCCUCCACGGUCAGAGCAGCUUGUCUGAUGAGAUGAAGAAAGGCAACAUCUUCCUGUGUGACUACAAGCGCAUGGAUGGAGCACAAGCAAACGUUAUCAAUGGGAAGAAGCAGUACAUUGUGGCCCCACUUGUCCUGCUCCAGAAAACCCCUGAUGAUAAACUGAUGCCCAUUGCUAUUCAGCUGAAGCAGGAGCCAGCAGAUGACAACCCAAUCUUCCUACCUACGGAUUCUGAGUACGACUGGCUGCUGGCGAAGAUUUUUGUGAGAAGUGCAGAUUUCAGUGAGCAUCAGCUUAACACUCAUCUGCUGCGCACUCACCUGCUGGCUGAGGUUUUUGCAGUGUCACUGCUGCGCAACAUCCCCAUGGUGCAUCCUCUCUACAAGCUUCUCAUACCACACACUCGCUACACAAUGCAGAUCAACUUCCUAGCUCGAAGAACUCUGAUAUCUGAGGAUGGUGUUCUCACAAAGUUUUCAGCCUCAGGUGGAGAGGGUAUGAUCACAAUCCUGAGGAAAUCCCUGUCCUCAGUCACAUACAGCUCCCUCUGUAUCCCUGAGGACAUUGCUGAGCGCGGGAUGGAAUCCAUGCCAAACUACUACUACAGAGAUGAUGGACUCAGGCUCUGGGAUAUUAUCCUCAGGUUUGUGCAGGGAAUCCUCGAGUUUCACUACAAGAAUGACUCAGAAGUGCAGCAAGACUCUGAACUACAGCAGUGGAUUUUGGACAUAUUUGAACAUGGAUUCCUUUCUCAAGCAGGCUCAGGAAUACCAGAAAGAUUUACCACUGUGGCUGAGCUGGUCAAGUUUGUUACCAUGGUGAUCUUCACUGGGUCAGCCCAGCAUGCUGCUGUGAACUCUGGACAGUUUGACUACGGUGGCUGGAUGCCAAACACCCCCAGUUCUCUGAAACUUCCUCCACCAACUGAAAAGGGGAAAUCAAGUGAGGACACGAUUCUGAAGACAUUGCCAGAUGUGAAUGUAACAGUUCAGGGCAUGGCGACCGUGUGGCUGCUAAGCAAGCAGUCCAGUGACUUUGUCCCUCUUGGCCAAUACCCUGAGGACCACUUCAGUGAGAAAACUCCCUGUGACUUGAUAAAGGAGUUUCAAAAAGAGCUUCAGGUGUUGAGUACAGCCAUCAAAGCCAGAAACGAGCAUCUGGAAGUGCCAUACACGUACAUGGAUCCAGAGAAGGUGGAAAAUAGUGUGGCUAUCUAACCAUGAAAGAGUGGAGCCUUGUUAGCUGAUUUUCAUUAACAAUAUAAAGUAGUUGUUUAUACUGUGACCAGUUAUUAACAGUAAAAUAUGUAUAGACAGAUAAUUUGGCUUAAUUGCAACUGAUAUUCAGAUUUGUUUUUGGUCAGUGCCUAUCCAGGGAGUCCUGGUUGUGUCAUGUUUACAUUGCCCUGAAACUGAUUUGUUUCAUUUUAAUUUUGUUAGGAGGAAGGAAAAUAUUGGGUGAUGUCAGCUCUGAAAACUUUAUAUUGUUACUGAAAUGGUCUAAAAUAGACACUGUGGUUUAAAAAGGCUGUGACAAAAGUAUCCUGAAAAACUGAUUUAGUUUUUCAAGUAAGCACAUUCUUGUAGAAAAAUUACACAUCUCAAUAUCCAAAUAAAGGAAAACAAUAUUAAUCACAUUUGAGUUUUUUAUUCAGCUCACAUCACAGAUAAAAUUACACAAAGCCUUCAUCAGAGGGCCUUCAAUUCUGAUAGUCAAUCGGGUGAUUGAUAGACUUCACUGCAUUGUAGAUAGAGCAAUGGAGAUUUUACAUUUAAAUCCACAAUUCUCAAAAUGAUCUCGGUACAUAGAAGCUCCUCAGGGUGCUUACUGUGGACCUUUGUUUAAUUUUAAAGAUACAAAUCAUCACUGAUUGCUAAUGGUACAUAUAACCUUAAGGUAGAGGCACAAAGCUUUCUUUAAUGUAUCUUUAAUUUACUACUAAAGUAAUGGGAAAUUUACAUUUUCAUCAUUUUCAUAUACUCUUAUCAUAUUAAUGCAACAAUUCAUAUUAAUGCUAUGGUUAAGUUUAAUUUGAGAAUAGUGCCAGACAGAUAACUUGCAUGUUUAUGAAGACUGCAGAACCCAGUCUGACUCCAGGUGAAGGUUAGUUUUGGCUAUAGUCUGAUUCUGGUCUUCUGGAGUUGAAAGUUAGUUUUGAGUGUUUCAAACUGCUUUCCAUGCACACACUGUGCACACGCUGAGCACUAGCAGGGAUUGGCUGGGAGGGGUGGGGGCUGAGACUAGGAGUAAAAACACUCUUGAAUGAAUUGUAAACAAUUUCUGCAGACUCUUGUACUUAACCUGAUCAACGUGUUUUCCUGC